CUUCGCGAGAGUUAGCGUCGAGGGUAGAUUUACGCGAGGCGUGUAAUUACGCGGAAAACUUUACGCGACGCGUGAAGUGUUGUGCUGUGGACGCUGCUUUAUUUUUUACUGUAUUAACAGUGAAACCUUGAUGGUGCAUUAAUUUGUGGCGGCGUACCAGAUGCGGUCUCCGGCGUGACUUCGUCUCCUCACUAUGCACCAAUGUUCGAUCUUCAUACUAACACUCCUAUGCGUCUCAGUCAAAGAUAUAUCUGGCAGCUGGGAAGAAUGGUGGACGUACGAUGGAAUAUCAGGUCCUGGAUUCUGGGGUCUCAUCAACCCACAGUGGAGCAUGUGCAACAAAGGCAGACGACAGAGUCCCGUCAAUGUGGAACCAGAGAAACUAUUAUUCGACCCUUGGUUGAGGGACAUACAGUUUGAUAAACAUAAGGUCAGCGGGGUACUUCAAAACACUGGACAGUCCUUGGUCUUCAGAGUGGAGAAGGACUCCAAACAUCAAGUUAACAUAAGCGGAGGACCUCUCUCCUACAGAUAUCAAUUCGAAGAAAUAUACUUUCAUUAUGGGAUGGAAGACAAUCGGGGCUCAGAGCAUCAAAUCGACCACCACACGUUUCCUGGAGAGAUCCAGUUAUAUGGGUUCAACAAGGAACUUUAUCACAACAUGUCUGAGGCGCAACACAAGUCACAAGGCGUUGUCGGGAUCUCACUUAUGGUCCAAAUCGGUGAACCCACGAAUAAGGAGUUAAGAAUUAUAACUAAUGCAUUUCCUAAAGUUACUUAUAGAGGCAAUUCGUACCCGAUCAAGCAUCUACCUCUGAGUUCACUUCUGCCCAACACUCAACAGUACCUCACCUAUGAAGGGUCCACUACACAUCCUGGCUGUUGGGAGACAGCUGUCUGGAUCAUCUUUAACAAGCCCAUUUAUAUUUCUAAACAAGAGAUGUAUCAAUUACGGAGGCUAAUGCAAGGGUCCCAGCUGACCCCAAAAGCGCCGUUAGGCAAUAACGCAAGACCAGUGCAGCCUCUACAUCACCGUACGGUUAGAACGAACAUCAACUUUAACAAGCAAGGAGUUCAGGUUUCAAGCAAUUGUCCUGAUAUGUAUCGAAACAUGCAUUAUACAGCUACUCAAUGGCCGAGAGAUCACAGUGUAAGAUACCGUAGUGCUGAAGAUUUAGCGAUGCUAUCACCGAAUUAAAUAAUUUAUAUUAUAAAAUGUGUACAAAUUACAAAAGAAAAAACUUUAUGUCAAAUAGUAUUUAUUUAAUCAAGAAAUAAUAAUAAUAACAAUUUAAUAAUGUGACCAUUUGUCAUUAUGCAAUGAUAUUUUAUUAAUAAAAUGUCAUUUAUUAUAACAUCAUAGUCAGCUUAAUGCGUUUAAAUGACAAAUGGCUAAAUGUACGCCUAAUAAUAAAUAGAUUGACGAAUUAUUAAAUAAAAUAAUGUAGAAAUUAUUCACUGUAAAUUGUAGAUUAUAAAAUGCUGUCAAUACAAAUUGAAUAUAAUAUUUACAUACAAGAGAAAAAAGGCUUCAGUGAUGUAAAUUAAAACAUGAAAAAGAAGUAAAACGUAUAUGAAUAUCUACAUAAAUACUGUCAAAGCUCAAACUGAUAAAUUCUAAUAUUUUCCAGUAAAAUGGUAAAAAGUCCGAGCUCGUCUACUCAGAUUUUAAUCGCCGUAUAUGUCCACAAUAA